CUCCACUCUUCUUUUCCAGGAACUCUCUUAAACCUAAACAAAUUCUCAAAAAUCUCAAUCUCGACCAAAUCCCUAGUCGAAGAUUCUGACAGAGACCAAGGGGAGACGUUUCAUCCAUUCUCUCUUCUGUCUGGGGUUUGAAACAUGUCAGUUCUUAUUGUGACGAGCCUUGGGGACAUUGUGAUUGAUUUGCAUUCCAAUAAAUGCCCUUUGACAUGCAAAAACUUCCUCAAGCUCUGCAAGAUCAAGUACUACAAUGGGUGCCUCUUCCACACUGUGCAAAAGGAUUUCACAGCGCAGACUGGUGAUCCAACUGGCACAGGAGCUGGCGGAGAUUCAAUCUACAAAUUUUUAUAUGGCGAGCAGGCUCGGUUUUUUGGAGAUGAGAUCCAUCUCGAUCUAAAACAUUCAAAGACUGGCACUGUCGCAAUGGCCAGUGGUGGAGAAAAUCUCAAUGCUUCCCAGUUCUAUUUCACGCUUCGUGAUGAUCUAGACUAUCUUGAUGGGAAACACACUGUGUUCGGGGAGAUUGCAGAGGGGUUUGACACUUUGACUAGGAUAAAUGAAGCUUAUGUUGAUUCGAAGAACAGACCAUAUAAGAACAUUAGAAUCAAGCACACUUACAUCCUUGAAGAUCCUUUUGAUGAUCCCCCACAACUGGCUGAGAUGAUACUGGAUGCUUCCCCUGAAGGAAAACCGAAGGAAGAGGUCAAAGAUGACGUGCGACUUGAAGAUGAUUGGGUUCCAAUGGAUGAAGAACUUGGUGCUCAGGAACUGGAGGAGGUUAUCCGCGAAAAAGCUGCCCAUUCUAGUGCUGUUGUGCUUGAGAGUAUAGGAGAUAUCCCAGAGGCCGAGGUAAAGCCUCCAGAUAAUGUGCUGUUUGUCUGCAAACUAAAUCCUGUGACUGAGGAUGAGGAUCUGCAUACCAUAUUUUCACGCUUUGGAACCGUGAUAUCGGCUGAUGUAAUCCGGGAUUUCAAGACAGGUGAUAGUUUGUGCUACGCUUUUAUAGAGUUUGAGAACAAGGAGUCAUGCGAACAAGCGUAUUUUAAGAUGGACAAUGCUCUGAUUGAUGAUAGAAGAAUACAUGUGGAUUUCAGUCAGAGUGUAUCCAAACUGUGGUCACAGUUUCGGCAAAAAGACUCACAAAAGGGUAAAGGGAACGGAUGUUUCAAAUGUGGGUCGAUGGAUCAUGUUGCCAAUGAGUGUGUGGGUGGUAAUCAAGCUUCAAAGUUCAUUGUGAAAGAUCAGAACAGACAGCACGGGGGAGGAGAAGGCUACGAUAUGGUGUUUGAGGGGGACAUAGCUGAAGCGAAGAGGGAGAAGAGAGAGCAUAGUCAUGACAAGGAGAAGGUUCGCAGGAGAAGCCCUCAUGGGUAUGGUGAAGGGAAAAGACAAGACAGAGAUGAUGGUAGAAGACAGCACAGAGAGAGCAGGGACAGGGACAGGGACAGGGAGAGGGACAGGAGGUAUGAUGAUGGUGUGAGUAGGGAGAAGAAACAGAGAGAGAGAAACGAAAGAGAGAGUAGGGAAGAUGAAGAGAGAAGAAGAGGAAGACGCCGGCAAGAGAUGAGAGAUAGAGACGAUCAUUGGAGUGAUAAAGGGAGGAGAAGAGAGAGAGACGACGAGAGAAGGGAUAGGUGAAAGCAAGAAAAUGUCAUUUUGUGCUCUUUUUUGUAUCUUCUUCUUUAAUUAUAGACGUUGGGAGGAAUCGAAAGCUAGCUUUGGUAAUGUCAAAUGAAUGAAUACAGUUUGGAAGAAGAAAA